CUUCUACCGAUGCGGUACGCCUCCGUCUCCGCCUCCGCGAAUCCCGAGCUGAGUGUCCAGGUGAGCGAGAGCUGCCUGAAGCGGCUCCGCGAGAUCUGCGUGGACGGCUCCUUCCUGCGGGUGACCGUCGAGGGAGGCGGCUGCUCGGGCUUUCAGUACAAGUUCGAUUUGGACAAGCAGCUCAACGAGGAUGACCGGCAGUUCGGCGAUGGUGCGGCCAAGGUGGUCAUCGAUACCGUCUCGCUGGAGUACUGCAGCGGCGCCACCGUGGACUACCACAGCGAACUAAUCCGCGCCGGCUUCCGGAUGGUGGCCAAUCCGCUGGCCGAGCAGGGCUGCUCCUGCGGCUCCUCCUUCUCGAUUAAAUUGUAGUAGUUACUCGCUCACAUUGUAAACUUUAGAGAAUUAUUUAAUACACAUAUAAUGUUCAGUUA